AGAAACAAGAGAAAUAGUUUGUGUGUGUGGACAGCAAUCAUCUCUGUGUUAUCCAUAUACUAUCCGCGAUCUACAAGUAUAAUAGUGAGCGAGUAUCCACCUUCAUCCGCCAUGUCAUGAAAGCCAACCAAUCAAAAAGGCAGCAUAAGAUUGCAGGAGUUGGAUGGCCACCAAUCACAACCCCAGGACACGAAUCCAAGGUGGCAAGUCCACAUCCACCAGAUCAAGCAUUUAGUAGUUUGUUCCAAAGUCUCAUCAGUAUCUAUCUCCCUGCUCUCUAUCUAUCUCAAAGAAGAGGAGGCAAAACAGAGAGAGAGAGAGAAAGAGAGAGAGCAGAACAAGCUUAGCUAGCAUGGGUUCAGUAACAGCAUCGAGGGCAGCAGUCUCUAUGGCGGUGUCGGAAAUGCCACUGAAGUUCACAUGUGGAGCUUCAUUUAGGUCGGCUCCAUCAAGACCGGCCACAUUCAAGAUCCUUGCACUUUUCUCAAAGAAGAAGGCUGCACCCCCUCCCAAGUCAAAGACCGUUUCCCCAGCCGAUGAGGAGCUAGCCAAGUGGUAUGGUCCUGACAGAAGAAUUUUCUUGCCGGAAGGGCUCCUGGACAAAUCAGAAAUUCCAGCAUACCUUACUGGAGAAGUUCCUGGAGAUUAUGGCUAUGAUCCUUUUGGGCUUAGCAAGAAACCAGAAGACUUCGCCAAGUAUCAAGCAUAUGAGCUGAUUCACGCCCGAUGGGCCAUGCUGGGCGCUGCUGGGUUCAUAAUCCCUGAGGCCUUCAACAAGUUUGGGGCUAACUGUGGUCCUGAAGCUGUUUGGUUCAAGACUGGAGCACUACUACUUGACGGGAAUACAUUGAAUUACUUCGGAAAGAACAUCCCCAUUAAUCUUGUUUUGGCUGUCAUUGCUGAAGUUCUUCUACUUGGUGGGGCCGAAUACUACAGAAUUACCAAUGGAUUGGGUUUGGAGGACAAGCUUCAUCCAGGGGGUCCAUUCGAUCCAUUAGGGCUGGCAAAGGAUCCGGACCAGGCAGCGCUGUUGAAAGUGAAGGAGAUAAAAAAUGGAAGAUUGGCAAUGUUUGCGAUGCUAGGUUUCUUCAUCCAAGCUUACGUGACUGGAGAAGGUCCAGUUGAAAACCUCUCCAAACAUUUAAGCGAUCCUUUUGGCAACAACUUGCUCACCGUGCUUGCUGGAUCCGCUGAAAGAGCUCCCUCCCUUUGAUCAUUUCGUCCUUUCUUAAGUUAACCCACGAUCAUAUCCUUCAUUGCAAUUCAAACUCAACUGUGUUUUUACAGUACUACUUUAUAGAGGGCUCUACCACUAUCGUCUGUCCAUGUAGAUUCAACUACAUCUAUAUGUCAGUCUGUAUUGUAUCUUCUUGGCUGCUUUUUCUUCAGACUUAAUUUAGUCAGUUAGCCCUCACAAGAAGAUGAUUGAAUGCUGUUAAUGGUACCAUUCUAAUCA